AUGGAUCCUACGCAAACCACCAUUCCCCCAAUGAAAGAUCUAACCAUCGACAACAUUACCGAAAACACCAUCCGGAUAAACUCCCAAGGAAGCGAUGAACGUCUCACAUACGUGAUGGAAAGACUCGUUACGCAUCUCCACGAUUUCGCCCGCGAAACUCGUUUAAGUACUAAAGAAUGGAUGGCGGCUUUAGAUUUCUUGGUGAGAGUCGGUCAGAUAUCAAGUGAUGUGAGACAUGAAUUCAUCCUCCUAUCCGAUAUCCUCGGUCUCUCCCUCCUAGUCGACGCAAUCGACCACCCCAAACCACCCUCCUCAACCGAAGGAAGCGUCCUCGGACCCUUCCACACACACGAUGCAGAAACCAUGACCCAGGGGGAAAAAAUAUCCCAUGACCCCCAAGGCGAACCCUGUCUAAUACUCUGCAGCGUCAAAGACGUAAACGGAGCCCCUAUCCCAGACGUCAAGAUCGACAUCUGGGAAACAGAUUCUACGGGGCACUAUGACGUGCAGCGAGAAAAUCGCACCGAGCCCGAUGGUCGCUGUAUCAUGCAGAGUGAUGCGCAGGGAGAAUUCUGGUUUAGGGCUAUUGUUCCCGUACCUUAUCCAAUUCCUCAUGAUGGUCCUGUAGGCCAGUUGUUGAAGUUGUUGAAGAGACAUCCCUGGAGACCGGCGCAUAUGCAUUUUAUGUUUCAGAAGACGGGAUGGGAUCAUCUUAUCACCGCAUUAUAUAUCCGCGGCGACCCGUACGAAUCCUCCGACGCGGUAUUCGGAGUCAAGGAAUCACUAAUUGUGAAUUUUGAACCAGCGACUGCGGAAAUCGCAGAGAUGUAUUCUGUACCUGUCGGAUCGAAAGUUUUGAAACAUGAUUUUGUUUUGGUGAGUGAGAGGGAGACGGAAGAGUUGAGGGAUCGGAAUGCGUUGAUGGCGUUGGAGGCUUUGGGUUUGAAGGUUAAAUUGUUGGAUCAUUUGCCUGUGCCGGAUCUUGAUUGA